AUCGUUCAUCUCUUCACUGUCCAAGAUCCAAUUAAAAAGACAUUUGAGUCAUUCUGUUUAGACAUUUGAGUCAUUCUGUUUGUAGACUAUUUCCUUAUCCAACCUUCGUAAUACGCAGUGAGAGUCGGGGAUUUGAGGAGGAAUCGCGGAGAUUUGAAAUGGGUUUUCUGAAAUUUGUUGAUUUGGAUUUGAGUGGGAACGUAUAGGUGAAUGAGGUGGAAAGACAAAGGGGAAUUGUUUUUCAGAGUUGAUUUCGUUUCUGGGAAGUUUGAAGGAAAGAAGUGAAGAUUGGUGUGAGUUCGAAGGAAACUGAAGAUGGGAUUGAUCAGUACUGUACUCGGAUUCACUGGAUUUGGAGUCGGGGUUUCUGCUGGUCUCACGAUUGGGUAUUACCUCUUCAUCUACUUCCAACCCAGCGAUGUUAAGGAUCCUGUCAUUCGCCCGUUGGUUGAGCAUGACUCUCAAAGCUUGCAGCGGUUACUUCCUGAGAUACCUGUUUGGGUUAAAUGUCCAGAUUAUGAUCGUGUUGAUUGGCUGAACAAGUUCAUUGAAUAUAUGUGGCCAUAUUUGGACAAGGCAAUUUGCAAGACUGCAAAGAAUAUUGCAGCACCCAUUAUUGCUGAACAAAUUCCAAAGUAUAAAGUUGAAUCUGUUGAAUUUGAAGCACUUACUUUAGGGUCGCUACCACCUACUUUCCAAGGUAUGAAAGUCUAUGCUACUGAAGAGAAGGAGUUAAUAAUGGAACCAUCCUUGAAGUGGGCUGGAAAUCCUAAUAUCACUGUUGCUGUCAGAGCAUUUGGGUUGAAAGCAACAGUUCAGGUGGUGGAUUUGCAAGUCUUUGCUGCACCCCGUAUCACCUUAAAGCCUUUGGUUCCUAGUUUUCCUUGUUUUGCCAACAUUUUUGUCUCGCUCAUGGAGAAGCCACAUGUUGAUUUUGGACUUAAGCUUUUGGGGGCUGAUCUUAUGUCAAUUCCUGGCCUGUACAGGUUUGUCCAGGAGCUUAUUAAAGAUCAGGUUGCCAACAUGUAUCUGUGGCCUAGAACCCUUGAAGUACCAAUUAUGGAUACAUCUAAAGCCAUGAGGAGGCCUGUUGGAAUUCUUCAUGUGAAGGUCUUGAGGGCUAUAAAGCUGAAAAAGAAAGAUCUAUUGGGUGCAUCAGAUCCGUAUGUAAAACUAAAACUCACUGAGGAUAAGUUGCCAUCAAAAAAGACUACAGUGAAGCAAAAGAACUUGAACCCUGAAUGGAAUGAGGAGUUUAAUAUGGUUGUUAAAGAUCCAGAAUCCCAAGCUUUAGAGCUACUUGUUUAUGAUUGGGAGCAGUUUGGCAAAGAUGAGAAGAUGGGUAUGAAUGUUAUUCCUUUGAAGGAACUAACGCCUGAUGAGCCAAAAGUUUGGACACUAGAUCUGCUUAAGAACAUGGAUGCAAAUGAUGUUCAAAAUGAGAAGUCUCGUGGGCAGCUUAUGGUUGAAUUGACAUACAAACCUUUGAAGGAGGAGGAUAUGCCAAAAGAUUUUGAAGAUUCAGGUACCACAGUAAAGGCUCCUGAAGGAACACCUGAUGGGGGAGGUCUGCUUGUGGUUAUAGUUCAUGAAGCUCAAGAUGUUGAAGGAAAGCACCACACUAAUCCAUUCGUACGAAUCCUCUUCAGAGGGGAAGAGAGAAAAACUAAGCAUGUGAAGAAGAAUAGAGAUCCAAGAUGGGAAGAAGAGUUUACAUUCAUGUUGGAAGAGCCUCCCACAAAUGACAAACUGCAUGUUGAAGUUGUCAGCACUUCGUCGAGGAUUGGCCUAUUGCAUCCUAAGGAAAUCUUGGGAUACAUUGAUAUCAGUCUUGCAGACGUUGUUAGCAACAAAAGGAUCAACUCGAAGUAUCAUCUCAUAGAUUCCAAGAAUGGACGGAUUCAAAUUGAGCUGCAAUGGAGAACCUCUUCCUAAGUUCCCGGGUUCUUUUUUACAUUUACUAAAUGAGACAUUGUGUUGAGUAGAGCAUAGAAUCAUGAUUGAAAAGUUACUUUCCUCUAGGCCUUGACACUGAAUGACUGUGUUGUGUUUGUGUAACAUUAGUAUCAAUUGUAACUGAAACGUUCAGCUCCUUGUUACUUUGUAUAUUCAGAGUGUCUCCAUUUGGGUUGUUUUAUUUUUCCAUUUUAGGUUGUAAGGUUUGGCUUUGUUUGAUUAUUUUUAGGAUCAUUUUAUAUGAUCUGAAACACUUGGGAAUGAUUUUAUAUGAUCUGCAUAUUUCAGUUUUGUUCAAA